CAAAUCUGUUGUCUCGCCUCCUCUGUAAGAAAAUUCCCAGAAGAAAAAAAAAGAAGAAACUUUCUUCCAACAAAAACUUUUGAAGGAUUCGUCUUUCCACGACGAAGAAGCUCUAAAUCAUUUAUCUGUAGACACACAAAGAGAGAGAUUCUGAUAGAAAAGCCAUGUCUAGAUCUCUUGUGAAACGAUUUGUUCCGUAUAUGUCUGCUCGUAUCAGAGAAAACCAUCGGAUGCUUAAUCGUUAUUCUUCCGUUUCUUCUGCUCUCAAAGAAGCUCCUUCUUCUUCUUCUUCUCUCGAAGCUGUUCAUCUUAGCGAGAAUUGCAUCCGGAGGAUGAAAGAGUUGCAAUCUAGUGAGCCGGAGAAGAAGAUGCUUCGAUUGGCUGUAGAAACUGGAGGCUGUUCUGGUUUCCAGUAUGUCUUCGAGCUUGAUCAUACCACCAACCCUGAUGACAGGGUAUUCGAGAAGAAGGGUGUGAAACUGGUUGUAGAUAAUGUCUCUUAUGACUUUGUCAAAGGUGCUACCAUUGAUUACGUCGAUGAACUCAUCCGUUCUGCUUUCGUGGUAGCUGAGAACCCGGCAGCAGUGGGUGGAUGCAGUUGUAAAAGCUCCUUCAUGGUCAAACUCUGAAUCAUUUUGAUUCAUUUUUUUCUUUUACAUGAGUUAGAAACCAUAUUUGAUCUUUUGUUUAUUUACUUUUGUACGUCGUCUCCCAAGCUUUGCUAUGUAACUAGGGAAAAUAUACACAAGCUCUGUAGACUUUCCAGCUCAACACAAUCAUUUGUUCAUCCUAUUUUUCAAACAAUAAUAAUGGAAUGGUUAUAACACAAA